AGCAUAUGAUGUAAAUUCCACAAAACAAGUAUAAAGCAAAACAAACCAUGUAGUACGUUUUCAUCUCACAAAACAACAAUAAUCACACAAAACAACAAUCAGAGCUCAACUCAUAUGGCAGAAAUUGCACUGUCUUUAGUUAUUGAUCAACUAAUUCCACUGUUAAGGAAAGAAACCAAGCUGGUUAGAGGCAUUCACAAGGAGUUUAAAGACAUUAAAGAUGAACUUGAAAGCAUUCAAGCAUUCAUUAAGGAUGCGGAUAAAAGAGCUGAAGGAGACAACACCAGUGAAGGAGUCAAAACUUGGGUGAAGCAAGUUAGGGAAGUAGCGUUUCGCAUAGAAGAUAUCAUUGAUGAUUAUUUGAUUCGGGUGGUACAAGUACAACAGCCUCGUGUUCCUGGUUGUGUAGCUUUACUCCAUAAGCUCAAAACUAUGAUCCCUCGCCGUCAAAUAGCAUAUGAGAUUCAAGACAUCAAGUCAUCUGUUAUUGGGAUCUCAGAAAGAAGUAAAAGAUACGAGUUCCAACGUUCGCUUGAACAAGGAUCCAGUAACUCUAGAGGAAGCCGCAAUGCCAAUUGGAAUGACCCUCGAUUGGCUGCUCUUUACAUUGAGGAAGCUGAAGUUGUGGGCUUUGAAGCACCAAGAAAAACAUUGAUUGAUUGGAUGGUAAAGGGAAGGGAAGAACUCACUGUUGUUUCCGUAGUGGGAAUGGGAGGGCAAGGAAAAACAACUCUUGCCAAGAAAGUUUUUGAUGACAAAGAUAUUAUUGGACACUUUGAUUGUCGUGUAUGGAUCACAGUGUCUCAAUCAUAUAAUGCUGAAGGGUUGUUGAGGGACAUGCUGCAAAAGUUUUACAAACAACAAGGAGAAGUUCCUCCUCAAAGUAUUUAUCAAAUGGAUCGAGCAUCAUUGAUUGACGAAGUCAGAAACUGCUUGCAGCAAAAGAGGUAUGUUGUCGUGUUUGAUGAUGUUUGGGGUUUACAUUUUUGGAAUGAUAUUGAAUUUGCUGUAAUUGAUAAUAAAAAUGGAAGUAAGAUAUUGAUCACAACAAGGAACCAAGAUGUUAUUGAUUCUUGUAAAAGAUCUUCCUUCACUGAAGUGCUUCAGUUGGAAUCUUUAACACAAGAACAAUCCUUGGAGUUGUUCAAUAAGAAGGCAUUUAGAUUCUACUAUGGUGGAUGCUGUCCAAAGGAACUCAAUCAUAUAGCUUAUGAAAUUGUUAAAAAAUGCAAGGGAUUACCAUUAGCAAUUGUUGCCAUUGGUGGUCUUUUGUCUACAAGAGAUAAAAAUGUGUUUGAGUGGAAGAGAUUUAGUGAAAAUCUAAGUUUAGAACUAAAGAAAGAUAAACAUUUAUUUGGGAUAAGAGAUAUUUUAGGUUUAAGUUUCAAUGAUUUACCUUACUAUCUCAAAUCAUGCUUGUUGUAUUUCGGAAUAUAUCCAAAAGCAUAUGAAGUUAACUUAAAGAGAGUGACUCGACAAUGGAUAGCUGAAGGGUUUGUGAAGGAGGAAAGAGGAAAGACUUUGGAGGAAGUUGCAGAAGAAUAUUUAAAAGAGUUGAUUCAUAGAAGCUUGGUGCAAGUAUCUUCGCUUAGAAUUGAUGGUAAAGCUAAAUGUUGCCGUAUUCAUGAUCUAAUACACAAUAUGAUUCUUGAGAAAAUUGAGGAUUUAAAUUUUUGCAAGCAUAUUAGUGAAGAUGGACAGUCAUCCUCAAGUGGAAACACUCGGCGCUUAUCAAUAAUAACCACUUCCGAUGAUUCAUUGGAGUGUAUUGAAAGCUCAAAUAUUCGGUCCCUGUUUUUUCUUACAGAAAACAAAAUAAACGAUUCACUCGUAUACUUUGCCAAAAGAAUCCCUAGAAAAUAUAGGUUGCUGAAGGUUCUUGAUUAUCAAUUUGUUCCAUUAGGGAAAGUUCCUGAUAAAUUGGGAAUUUUGAACCACUUGAAGUUUUUAAGCUUAAGGCAUACAUUUGUAAGUGAAGUCCCAAAAUCUAUCGGCAUGCUCCAGAACCUAGAGACGUUGGACGUAAGGAAUACAAGUGUCUUUGUGUUGCCAAAGGAGAUUAGCAAGCUUAGAAAGCUAAGACAUCUUUUGGGUGAAUUGUCUUUAAUUAAAUUAAAGGAUGGUCUUGGAGAGAUGACAUCCCUAGAAACGUUAGAUCGGGUUUUAAGUAUACCUAAGGAGGUAAUUAAAGAGUUAGGAAGACUGAAGCAGAUUAGGGUAUUGGUAUUGUAUGUUCAUGCAAAAUACGGAAGCAUUCUAACUUCCUCACUCAAUGAAAUGCAACAUUUGGAGAAACUAUAUAUUCAAUCUCCAAAAUAUCCUCAAGUUAUUGAUUUGCAUUUGAUUUCAUCACCAACUAUGCUUCAAAAGCUUACACUAAUUGUGAGGUUACAAAACUUGCCAGUGUUGAUUCCAGAGCUUCAAAAUCUAGUUGUGUUGAGGUUGACAAACUCACGGUUAACCAAAGAUCCAAUGGAAUCACUAAAAGGUUUGCAACACUUGUUGAUCCUCCAUCUACGGUGUGAGGCAUAUGAAGGUUUAGAUUUGCAUGCUGAAGCUGGAGGGUUUCAGAAACUAAAGGAAUUGUAUGUUAGAGAUUUAUAUGCACUGCAAGAUAUUAUUAUCGACAAAGGAGCACUUCCUUCUCUGAAAAAGCUGAGUUUAUUCGAACUCUUUAGAUUGAACCAUAUACCCACCGGCAUCAAACACUUGGAGAAGCUUGAAGCUCUCUAUAUAUCUUAUGUUCAAUUUUUGGAGCACAAUUCUACUGAGGAUUGGAUCAUGGAGCAUGUGCCCUUUUUCAGAAUUGUUACCAAAAAUGGGAAGAUUAUUGAAAACUCAAGGAGUUAGAAAUCAAGCUGGGAAAAAAAGGUGUUGGCCAGUUGGGCUUCAAAUUCAAGUGCAGUGGCAAUUCAGAUUCUACAUAGUAUUGACUACAAACAAUUUUAGACUUAUUUUCUAUCCUCAAUAAAAUUUAUGUUUUUUCUUUCUUUAAUCAUGGUGUUGGAAAUUUCUAAAUAUUGUUUGUUUUUUUAUAAUAUUUGAGUUGUGUGUAUUUAGUUUGUAGUGCCUUGUAUGUAAUGACAUGUUAUGAGAGCUUCUUUUUUAUAAAUACCAAAGAUAAAGUACAUGAGAUACUCUACGUACCAGCUGUUGUGAGAUAAGUCAAAUAGUUCUUCACCAAAACAAACAAAAUUACAAGAAAAACCCAAGCCAAAAAGAACUAUCUAUUUAUACAAUCAAUGGGUUAACACACACACCACUCAUAAAAUAAGCAAGAGUUGAUCUUCUUAGACAAAAGCCACUUCCAAGAAGCUAUAGUUUAACCAUUUCAAAAAUUUGGAUUGGCUCCAAAACUAUUGACUUGAAGAUCCUCUCAUUUCGAGUCCGCCAAAGAAGCCAAACAACCGCAUGCCAAAUUAAAAGCACUCCGUUUUUUUCCUUGUUUCCCUUUCCUAAAAGGAGUUAGAAAACUAACCAACAAGGAAGAAAUGGCCUCCGGCAAAACCAUGGUUAAACCAAACCAACGAUACACCAUACCCCAAACCUCCCUCGCUACCGGACAAGUGACAAAUAAAUGAUUCUCCGAUUCAAUAGCCCCUCCACACCCCACGCACAAGGUUGCCUCCCCGGUUGGAAUUACACCGCGAUACGCUAAAUUAGUUCUAGUAGGAAACCUUCUGAAGUUUUGAGAAGACUUUGCCAAGAAAAAACUAUAACCUUUGAUGGUGCCCAACACCUUCAAAUUUGUACGAUAACACGAAUCGGAGCCAAAACCAUGGAAGCAGAGGAAGGAUGAAAUUUUUGAUAAAGAAAAGAGUAGUUAGAACUAACCGUAUAAACUCCUCAUUGACAUGAGACCAAGAAUCAUCCUCCUUUGUGAUUAAAAUCGGUUCAAUUAACGCCAAAAAUUCCCUAUACAACUCCUCCCAUGUGAAGCUUCAUGUUGAUUUUCUAGCUUUAUAAGAGCUUCAUGUUCAAGAAUUGUGAGUGUUGUUGAUUUUCUAGCUUAUUGUUCAAACAUUUUAUAUGGGUUUUUUUUGUGUUUUUAUAUUGCUGAAUUACGUAUUAAAAAAAUAGUGAUUUUGAUGUAAAAUAAUUUAGAGAUUAGUUUUUAUAGAUUUUUUAGAAAAGUUGAAUUUAAUUUGUAUUUGUUUAUUAUAAUAAAAAUCACUUUUUUUAAAUAAAAUAAUCUUUAUGGAUACAACUUAUAAAAGUGAUUUUUUUUA